AUGGCAGAAGAUUUGGCGCCAAACCCGAUCGGGCGGGGCUCCGCGCGUCGAAAGUCCCGAAGUAAACGCUCCUCAUCCUCCAUCACAACAACUCCAUCUUCCAUCCUUCACCCAAUCCUGAGCGUCAAUCGGACGCGUCGCUGGGCGAUGGCUUCCAACCGGAUAGAGAAGCUGCAGAUGCGGCAGCGCGGAGCAGGGACGCGCAAGAUUAAGGAAGUUGAUUUUGGGUUCUCCCUAGGCUUCGGACCGCCCGCCGAAGACUCCUCCCAAGCUGCGUCCCAGCCCGCCAACGGUGACCUCAACACAGCACCAGCACCAGCACCAGUACCACCGCCCCUUAUCCUCGACGCUCCUCCCCUCGCUUCAGAGCCUACAACUACCUCUUCAGAGCCUUCAGCUACAGUGAUACCUCAGGCUCGGUCAACACCAUCACCUACUCGGAUCAACGCUUAUGCCGCAUCGCAGAACCAGCUCCAACGGACUCCAGGUAGCGCGCGCAACAAGCUGCCACCCCGUCCAUCGACCUUCGAUAUCCCUGCGGAUAAAGAGUCAGAGCUGGAAAGAAGCAAUAAGCGAAGGAAGAUCGAUUCCCCCAAAGGCGACUCACCAUCGAUUGGCGCGCAACCCGAAGUACUGAACAUCGACAAUCCUCCGAAUGAUAUUUCCGAGGAGUUAUCUCUGUCAUUAGAUGAGAAUAGAGCGAUACCGAUCCGGACCGUUCCCUCGAACCACGCACCCCUUUUAGACCAAGAACCUGCCGUCGAGGCUCCCUCCAUCCCUACCAUUGAACCAAAUGAAAAUCCACAAGAAGCUCAAAACGAGGCGAGUGGACAUCCGGAGACGGGAGACACCACACGACCGGAAGCUCCGCACGUAGACGGCACGACAUCACCAGUCUCGGAUUCUUCCAAGAGCUCGGGCAGAAGGCGAAGGCAAAAAGGGCGGCGGUCGCCAUCACAGAAUGAUAUCGCGAACUUGGAGUCAACUGAGACUGUCGAGCAUCAAGCUGUAGAAAAUGAAUUUGCCAAACCGCUUCCGUCCACGGAAGCCGUUGAAACAGCGCAAAACCGAAUUUCUCACGAACCGGAGCCUCCAAGAACCCGAGACAAGCGAACGCGAAGCCGGACGCCAGCCUCGGCUUCCCCCGUAGUAGCAAAGAGAUCACCAACGGAAGAGCCUGGUUCGGAACCUAUCGAGGCGACGCAAGAACAACUGGAUGAACCCCAACCCCCGGAGAUCCGAGAGCAGCAAACGCGAAGCCAAAUUCCAGCGUUAUCACAGUCUUCCGCUGAGCCGGCCGCGUCUGACAGACAGUUGAUUGAAGAAGCUGCCCUCGAGCCUGAUGGAGUACCGCAAGAGGCCGAAUCUCAAGAAUCCGAUGCCACAGGAACGCGAGAGAAGCCAACACGGAGCCAAAUUCUAGCAUCAGUACAACCUCCUGCCGAGGCCCCUCCGGCUGAUGUAGCAAGAACCGAAGGCCCCGAGUCCGGAAACGUCGAGGCUUUGCUGGAGCCAGAAGCCCAAGGGCCUGAUAAUGCGGGACUUCGAGAGACACUAACGCGGAACCGAACUCCAGCAUCGGUACAACCUCCCGCCGAGGCCCCUCCGGCUGAUAUAGCAACAACCGAAGGUGCCGAGUCCGGAACCGUUGACGCUUUGCUGGAGCCAGAAGCCCAAUCGCCUGAUAAUGCGGGACCUCGAGAAAAACGAACGCGAAGCCGAACUCCGGCCAUAGUACAACCUCCCGCUAAACCCCCUACGGCUGAUGAAGCAACAACAAAAGUGGCGUCCUCUGAGGCUGUACCGAGCGUCAUCGCAGGCAAAGGUAUUCGUGGACGGAAAAAGAAGAAUUUAGAACCUACGCAUGGAAUUGUUGUUACGAGGCCAGACUCUGCCAAGCCGACUGCUGCACGGGUGGAAACAGAAGUCGCCCCGGAUGAGGCUAUGGCUGAGCGUUCCGAAUCGUCAGACCACCCGAAUGAAAUAGACAAAGGCAAAAAACGCGCUGGAAGACCCAAGAAACAGGCCCUGUCUCCGCAAGCUAUUGAGGAACCCGUCACGAGCAAAAAGAAGAGGCAGCGCGAAGAACAAGUAGAGCUUGGCGAGCGGGUAGAGACAACCCCAGAGCAGGAACAGCCAGAUGCAGAUGUAGCUCGUGCCGGUAGAAGGAAGAAGCAACGAAUAGAGCAGGAGCCGAGCCUAAGCGAGGAUCGUGCUGAACCGGAGCCAGAGAGUGAAGGAUCCCGGUUUGGCAAGCGGAGGAAAGGGCGCCAGGGUCACGAACCAACUCCGGAGGUUGAACGAGCAGAGCCGGAUGCAGAAGCUCUGGCGAACAGAGCUGGUAGGAAGAAACGGCAACCACAAGAACGGCUUCCGGGGCAAGAACAAUCAACACAAGAGUCAGAUAUUGAUCGAGCCCGCGUCGGAGGAGGGAGGAAGCGGCGGGAGAAGCAGACGCCGACGACAGUACAGGAAGAACAGCCCGAGGCCGAGCCAGAAGAUGUCGAGAGAGCGCGGGCCGAUAAGGGGAAGAAACGACAAGAACGGGCACCGACUGCGGAGGAGGAGCAACGAGAGCCAGAAACAGAGAUCGAACGAGAGCCCCGAGCUGGGCAACCUCCUACAGACACCGAACGCCGAGGCAAACCAACAACACAGCCCGAUGAACCACCUCAAGAGAAUGCUACAGAAGAUCACCCCCAACCUAAGAAACGGAAGCCGCGACAACCGCGAGGAGAAACCGUGCCGGUCACGGUUCAUCGACUGACGAACCCUGCAUUGCUUGGCGGCGAGCCUCUUGAAUCUUCCGAUGAAGAGGAUGCCGGCGCAGACGAGCCGUCAAGCAAACAACCCACUAAACUACCCAGCCGCGGUGGUGUCAACGCGGCGGACGUACUGGCCCAGAUUUGCCGUGAAACACUCGAGAAGACCUUGACAACACUGAAAACCGGCAUCGAGAACGAGGCCAACGCCACAAGACGCGCCGAGUGGACACUACGCAGAAAAGCGGUGGAAGCAUACGGCGCGGAGCUAGAGGGGCGGCUCUUUGAUCUAAGCGAGAUGCUAGACAGCAACUUCAUGCUCAGCGCCAAAGUCAAGAAGGCAAAGCGCAACAUGCUGGACUUGCGAGGUCGUCUCGACCGCGUGCGCAGAGAGCGCGAGGCCGUCGCCCUGAGAAUGGACGCCGUGCGAAGGGAGCAUGCCAAGGAAGAGCAAGCUGGACUGGCGCGCUCUACAAUCAACCACUCCCUACACAAUCUCGACCUUGCCCUCGAACGCGGGCAGAAUCGCACAACAGCGCAAGACGAAUCGCUAACAGCCGGCCUGGAGUUUCGCCUUCGCAGCUUGGCACGGAACGUGAGCUCCAGUGUACCGGGCUCUUAUGGGGGCAUCUUGCACCAGAUUAAGUCAUUCAAUGCGCAGCUUGAGGCUACGGCGCGGCGGUUAGAGGGAUGA